GCACCUGUGUUUUCAAUUACAACAGUCCCACCUCAUCAAGUGGUGGUAAUUAUUAAACAUUACAAUACACUACUAAACAAAACUAACAAAAUUAGAACAAUUUAAUUUGAUUUAGUGCGCUUUAAAGUGUUUACCAAUAAUAUUUAAUUUUAAGGUGGAAAAAACCAUAAUCUCGUUAUCAAAAUGACACUAAUUGAUGCAGCCGGGGCUGAAUUUGCCUCUGGUCCAAGUCCAGUUUUUUCAGCAACUAGUGUAUUAUAUUUCUUAUUAGCACCAGCAAUAGCAUUAUAUUUAUUAUAUUGGCGAUUAUCACGUAAUCAUAUGUUAAAAUUAGCUGAAAAAAUUCCAGGACCAACAGGUUACCCAAUCAUUGGUAAUGCAUUAGAUUUAAUUGGAAAAUCACCUGACAUAUUCAAACACGUAUACGCACGUAGUUUUGAGUUUGGAAGUGUUGUAAGACUAUGGAUUGGACCAAAAUUAGUUGUUUUCUUAACCGAUCCACGUGAUGUUGAAGUUAUUUUAAGUAGCCAUGUUUAUAUUGAUAAAUCAUCCGAAUAUCGAUUCUUCCAACCUUGGUUGGGUAACGGUCUUCUUAUUUCUACAGGUCCAAAAUGGCGUGCCCAUCGUAAAUUGAUUGCACCAACAUUCCAUUUGAAUGUAUUGAAGAGUUUCAUCGAUUUAUUCAAUGCAAACAGUCGUGCUGUAUGUGCUAAAAUGUUAAAAGAAGCUGGAAAAACUUUCGAUUGUCACGAUUACAUGAGCGAAUGUACUGUUGAAAUUCUAUUAGAAACUGCCAUGGGUGUAAGCAAAAAUACACAAGAAAGUGGUUAUGAUUAUGCUAUGGCUGUCAUGAAGAUGUGCGAUAUCUUACAUUUACGUCACACAAAAUUCUGGUUACGUCCUGAUUGGUUAUUCAACUUAACACGUCACGGUAAAACUCAAGUAGCACUUUUAGAUACAAUCCACAGUUUAACACGAAAAGUAAUUAAACGCAAGAAGGAAGACUUCAAAAAUAAGAAAGUAACACCAGUUGAAAUUAAAAAAGAAGUUGAAGAAGUUACACACAGUGACACAAAAGGUGCUGUUGACGGUUUAUCAUAUGGGCAAUCAGCUGGAUUACGUGACGAUUUGGAUGUAGAUGAUAAUGAUGUUGGUGAAAAGAAACGUAUGGCUUUCUUGGACUUAAUGAUUGAAGCAUCACAAAAUGGAGUCAAUAUUACCGAUGAAGAAAUUAAAGAACAAGUUGAUACAAUUAUGUUUGAAGGUCAUGACACAACUGCCGCUGGAAGUAGUUUCUUCUUGUCAAUGAUGGGAAUCCAUCAACAUAUUCAAGACAAAGUUAUCCAAGAACUUGACGGAAUCUUUGGUGAUUCAGAUCGUCCAGCCACAUUCGCUGACACACUUGAAAUGAAAUACUUAGAAAGAUGUUUAAUGGAAACUUUACGUUUGUACCCACCAGUACCAAUUAUUGCCAGACAAUUAAAUGAAGAUCUUAAACUAGCAUCAGCCCCAUAUGUUCUCCCAGCUGGAUGUACCGUUGUAGUAGGAACAGUAAAAUUACAUCGUCGUGAAGAAAUCUAUCCAAAUCCAGAUGAAUUCAACCCAGACAAUUUCUUACCAGAAAAAACAGCAAACCGUCAUUACUACGCAUUUGUGCCAUUCUCAGCUGGACCACGAUCAUGUGUCGGUCGUAAAUAUGCUAUGCUUAAAUUGAAAAUUUUACUAUCAACAAUUUUACGUAAUUUCCGUGUAAAAUCUGACUUAAAAGAGAAAGAUUUCCAAUUGCAAGCUGAUAUUAUAUUAAAACGUGCCGAAGGUUUCCAAGUACGUCUUGAACCACGCAAAAGAACAGCCAAAGCUUAAUUAUUUCUUAAGUAAUAUAAAUAAGAAAAACUCAAGUUGUACAAAAUUUUAGUCACAAAAAAAAAGAACGAAAUAGUUUUCACUUUCACAUAAGUUAAGACUGUUAAAAACAAAUUUUAUUUGUACUAUUAAAAUAAUUUAUUUAAAAAUAUAAGCAAACUACAUGAACAUUCAAAUAUUCAAGUUACAAUUUUUUUUUGGCUGCUGUAAAUAAUACUUAUUUAUGUGU